GAAAUAAAAAAUCAGUGUUAAGUGUUAUACUUUCAUUACCAUCACGAUAGAAAAUUCAUAACCAAAUUCAUUGUGCACUAGGACAUAGCAACUGUGGCUUCAUGAUAAUAGCAGGUGCUUUAUACAUCUUGUGUACAACAUUAGUUGAAUAACAAUUAUACAUUAUUAAUAUCACACAGAAUGACUGAAAACAUGGGUAUUGGUGAUACUCUUGGUGGGGAGGUUGGGGAUUUACCUUCCAGUAUAACUAUCUCUAAAUUCAGUGCAGCACGACGUAGAGAAAUUGAGGUAUUGGAAAAAGCCCUUUCUACAUCAUCUUCUAUCAAGCUAGCAUUCCAGAAACUUCCAAAACAUAUGCGAAGGAGAGCAAUGUCUCACAAUGUUAAAAGGCUGCCAAGGCGUUUGAGAGAAAUUCAUUUGAGUCAAAUGAAAAAAUCAGGGUUACCUCCAAAACAAAAACGACCAUCAAGAAAAUAUAAGCGUAGACCUAACAACUUGACAAGUGAUUAUAUGAGAAGGCAACAUGGAGUUGCUUGGUUGAAUACCCACAUAUGGCAUGCUAAGAGAUUUCAUAUGGUUAGGAAGUGGGGCUUCAAAUUACCUUUAUCACCUUGUGAUAGAUCAUUUAGGGCUUGUUAUAGAGCUACAGUGAAACAUUGUUUACUGCAAGAUAUUUCAUACUAUAGCUGUAUUGAAAUAAGUGGAUUGUUUAAUGAUAUUGUAAGUGGUUUUAGAAGAGUUACCAAGCCAUAUACUGGUUUAUCAGUAGCUGCAAAACCUUAUAUUAGUGGGUUAAGGGAAGGCAAAAUCACUUUAUUUUAUGUUGAAAGUGAAAAGCCAAUAGGGGUAGUGAACUUUCAGUGGAGACCUACUAAUAGUAAAACAGAAAGAUGCCAAUUAUGGCUAUGGAUUCAUGCUGCAUACUAUGAAGAAUCCUUAAAAACGUUGAUUAGUUGUUUUAAUCUCCAGCAGAUGGAUACCAGUUCAACCAACAUAAAAACCUAUUCAAGCCAAAUUAUCCAACUGAAACUGUUGAAAUGGGAACUGAGUAGGUUCAAAUUGACAGGACCACUUUCUACUUCAAUUCUUCAAAAUGCAUUCAAAUUAGUAAACACUAAUAAAAUAAAUCCAGAGUGGUUCCAUGAAUUUGUAAAACAAACUGAUGGAAAAGUGAUUCCAUCACCAGAUGAUAAAUGGCAGAGCUUAAAGAAUAAUAUGUCACCAUCUGACCUAUCCCCUCAUAUAAUUUUGCCAUUAAAUAUAGUAGAUCCAAGACUAAAUUUCCCUAAGAAACGAACCAAAGCACUACCAUUUUUUGAUCCAUCAUGCAACAGUGAUAUUCCUAUGGAAAAUGUAGGAUAUGAUAGUAUUCUCUGGAGUGAUGAAAUGCGAAACAUUGUUAGACAGUCAAAGAUAUCAAAUGCAGAAGUAAUUGAGCUGAGAAGAAAUCUAUUAGUUCCUGGAUCUGACUUUGAAGAAACUGGUGUUCCAGUGCCUAUUAUUUUGGUGCAGAGGCCUGGAAAAAAAGGAACAAAUUUCAUAGGAUAUGGUAGUGGUUGGGAUAUAAUUAUCCCCUCAGCCUGGGCACAGCCACUUUGGCUGUGCCUUAUCAUGUGGGGUGCAAGGAGUGGUGGUCUCAAAGAAUUAAAUUCCAUUGAUUUCGAGUCCAGUUAUCAGUACUUGUUGUAUCCUGAUACAGCAGCUGGAAGGGAAGAAGAAAAUUGCAGGUCUGAGGAGUGCAGAGAGAAGUUUUUCAGAUUACCUCCAAACAAAAGAACAAAUUAUAGAAAAUUUGGCAUUUCAAGUCCUUUCAACUGGAACUGGAUGUUAUUAUUGAAUGAGUGGUCUAGUGGAACAGAAAUAACUGAGUUUUUUGUCCUGAGAGAUAAAGCCAAGCUGAGACUUAUUCAAAGAAAUUUGGCAGAUAAAUCAAAAACCAUUGAAUACCCUGAAAUACCUGGUAAUUUUCUGAUUCCAGUAAUCAUUGACUUAUCAAAUAAAGGCAGAUGCACACAGUUUGCUGUAAUAUGUCUUCCACAAGGAGAAGAUAUAAAAAAUGAACCAAUAGAACCAGAUACCCCAGAUUCUAAUGAAAAAUUAAGAAAAAAACUGAGGAGGGAACAUAAAAAAUUGUUGAAAACACUCAGAAAAAGAAGAAUUAGAGCAAAAAAUAAAGGAAAAGUAAUUCCUAUUGAUAAGGAUAUGUUGAAACACUACAGUACAGAGAUGAGGAAAUUAUGGAUUCCUGAAACAACAUUGUUAAGGCAUUCAUGUAGCAGGGAGGUUAUGGGGAUUGUCAAACAUGGAGAUUUCAGUUUCCUAUCAGGGAAAAGUAAAUCCAUAGGUUACAUUACUGUUGGGGCACUGUUCAAAUUGAUGGCUUCAAGAUAUAAGAAUAAAGUUUUAGUUAGGAAUACCAAUUCAAGGCAAUAUAGAAUUGGGACACUAGACAUUAUUUGUGAAUGAAUUCAUCUAUCAUGUUUCUGAUCUAUCAUGUUCCUGUUUAAGAUUUAAGAUAAUUUAACAAAUUGUGGAGAAUGAAGUGGGUGAAGUAGAAAGAUAUUUAUAUACAUUGUUAUAUUAGGUC